CUACUUUGAAGACAAACUUGUGUUUACAAGUUACGAGAAAAUAUUCCCCUUUAUGGUGUUAUAAACGACAAAUAGACGAUGAAGUGUGUUAUACCAGGAAUCAAUAUAAAAGUGUUUGGAAGAGCAAUUCAUUCCUUAGCAAAAAUUGGAGAAGAAUUAUAUGUAGAACCAAGUUCAAAGGGUGUUGCCUUUCGAACUGUCAAUUCAUCCCGCUCAGCAUUUGCAUCGUACACAUUCAGCUCAAGCUUCUUUUCACAAUACGAUGAUGGAUCUCUAAACCAAGAAAAGGAUGCUGGGGAGGAAACUGUCAAAUGCAAAGUUGCCAUGAAGGCAUGCUUAAAUGUCUUCAAGUCACUGGCUACAUUAGAGCGCACUGUUGAACGAUGUAAAAUUACCUUGGAUGGUGAGGAGGACAAGCUAGGAAUCCAACUCAACUGCCGACAUGGAAUCAACAAGAUCUACAAUCUCUCUUUCAUUGAGUGUGAGACUCUCCAGGCUGUGUUUGACAGAGAGUCUUGCCCAAACUACAUCCAGAGCCAGUCCCGAGUAUUAAGUGAUGCUGUUCUGAAUUUCCAGCUGAAUCAGGAUGAAGUUACGCUCUGUGUUUCACCUGAGAAGAUCAUUAUUAGGAACUAUGUCGAAGAUGAACCAGAUCCUGCUAAGGCCAUUCAUACUGUCCUUACUCUUGAGGCUGGUGAGUUUGACAGAUACAAUAUCACAGGUGAAGGUGAAGUAACCUUCUGUCUCAAGGAGUUCAGAGCCGUUCUCACCUUCGCAGAACCUGUUAAUCUGCCUGUUACCUGCCACUUCUCAGAUCCCGGGAGCCCAAUUAUUUUCACUGUGGACAACAGACCAAUGUUUGAAGGAACAUUUGUCCUAGCCACCCUGGCAGAAAAGUCUGAUUCGCAGAUUUCUAGAAGUCAAAGCACAAGCAAGCAAACUGCGCAAACAACCCACACUCCAAAGACGGUUCCAAAGAUACGUUCAAGCUCACAAACCUCUGUAAACAGAAGCCAGAAUUCCACCUUUGAUAACAUGAGAAGCGGACAGUCAUCAUUACAGAGGUCAGAACAAAUUGGGGAGGUUUCAAGUCGUCUCUUUGAGAAAAGAGCUAGCCUAUCAUCUGCCCACAACUCAUCUCUCCAAGCAAGUAGUCAACGUAGCCUUGAGAAUAAGGCCAUCCCACCCCCCUCCCCCCUGCACCUUGCUCGGGCCAGCACUACCAAUGGCAACACAUCCCACCUAGAGCUGUCCAUGCGAGAUGACUCCCUUCCCGACCUGAACAGGGAUGAAGAUAAAGGAGAACAGGAGGACAUUCCCGGAACACCGCCUGCCAAGAGAGCGAAAAAGUUCAUCUUCCAGCGGUGCUUUGAGUCGACCUUUAACCCGGAAGAUGUACCCGGACAUGACAGGGUUUUGGCCGAGGACUCAGAUGAGGGCAUUUGAUAAGGUCUCUUCUCUAUUUUCCUUUCAGUUUCUUUGUUUCUCAUUAGUGUCUAUUGAUAAUUCCGACUUGUUUUCUUUCUUUGUGGCAGAAAUUGUUUUGAAGGAAGGGAGACUUCUGUGUACUUCGGAGAUGUGUGAAAUAGUCCUUUUAUUAUGAUUCGGUGGAUGAUUGUUGUUAAGAAGGUAGUACUGCAGUGGAAUCCUUUUAGCCACAGUAUUUGUACAUAAGACAAGAGAGAACUCCAGUGACCUCAGUAUGUUUACCUUUUCUUUAGGUACAGGAACUAUAAGUUGAUAUAAGUUGAACAAACUUUCCAGAAUCAAUGAUGUAAACCUGGAUAAUGAGUGUAGAAAUUCAAAAUUCUUAUGAUUGUAAUCAUUUCAAUUUUUACAUGCACUUUUUUUGAGAACUCCAGAAAUUGACCAGAUCUGCCUUUGUGCAUAUGCAUAAUCUACAAAUGUAAAUAUUGAUGUUCCAUCAGAUUGGGAAAAUACUGUAAACUAAUACUGUGCCAGGAACAAAUUAUCUGUGAUAUAUGUAAUUAUUUAAGGAUCAUCUUUCAGUGACAUGGCAGAAUGCUAAAUAAUUUAUGCUAUAUUUUACAUGUAAAUGAAAUAGUUUUGUAU